AUGGAUCCUGCCUCGUCUGGAUUCAAUGACAAAGAUCACCCAAAAACCAACCUUUCUUUCAACAACCUACGGAAAUUGGAAAUCAAAAGAACAAAACUGCUACACCACGAAAAAAACUUGGCACAAUAUGAUAUCCAGGGGAUCAUCCCGAAGGGACUAUUGAUUAAAGAAAAAUCGUGCGCAAUACCAAUUUCAAGAAAACAAAAAUGGAAAAACAUCCAUAUUGAAUUCUCAAAGCAACUCACCAAACAGUCACUUCGAGAAGCAAGGAUAGCAAUUAAAGACAUCUCAACUCAAAUCCAAGCAUACCGGAAAAAGAUCAGGCCAAAUUACAGCACUUCAAAAUGGAGCCAUUUGACACAACAACUGGGACUUACGAUUUCCAAACUAGAAAAGAAACUUACAAAGACGAGAACAAAAAAGAUGAAAUCUAAGACGAAACAAAUCCAAAUUAAGGAAAACGGUGAACAGCAACACAGAAAAAAUCGACGCUUUACCAGAGGCAAAAAACGAAAGAUAAAGAACAUAGAACAGGCGCAUUCAACUGUCUACAACCACUCGAAUAUUAAAUUAAGUGAAGCCCAUACCAAACUCUUACAGAAAGGACUAGGAUUCAGUGUAACCCCUCUAAACGCAGACAAAUUCCAAUUGGCGUCGGACAUAGACACAACAAUCAGAAACUACAGACUUAGAGAAUAUUUCCAGGAUUUCGACAUUAGCCAAAAUGAAAACCAUUACAAUGAUACUAAAUUACCUUCCUCAUUACAAGAACGCCGCAAAUGGACCCCGGAGCAUGGACGUAGGGUAGACUUGGACGACUAUGCCAAAAUAGUGAAAAAAGAAAUUAUUAAAAACACACCAAAGAAACGAGCACAUCCAAAUCUGCCCAAGGAUGAACAAAUUGCUUUAAAAGAACUAAAAAACAGAGCAGCCCGCGAUAUAGUCAUUGUCCCGGCAGACAAGGGGGGAGGAACUUGCAUACUAUUCAGAGAAGACUAUAUUAAAGAAGGACUCCGCCAAUUGAACGACAGCAAUAUCUACCAAACUCUUGACAAGGAUGUAACGAACAAAAUUGCCAAAUCAGUUACCAAAAUAUGCAAGGACAUGUGGGAUGCCAAAAUUAUAGAUGAAAACUUAUACCGAGCAAUACUACCAAAAGACCCGAAACCAGGAAGAUUAGGACUACAACCCAAAGUCCACAAACAAAACCAUCCAUCAAGGCCUAUAAUAUCCGGUAAUGGUUCCGCCACAGAAAAGCUCUCCGGAUUUGUGGACUACAAACUAACUCCCCUCAUGGCUACCAAAUUUAUACCAUCCUAUAUAAAAGACACCACGGAUUUCCUAAACAAAAUUCAAACUAUUGGACACAUCCCAACAGGAUCCCUCCUAGUGACAAUGGACGUCGUAUCACUGUAUACCAACAUACCCCACGCAGAAGGAAUUUCGGCCCUACAAAAGAUGUUACAAAUUAAUAAGACAGACCCAAGUUGUGAUUCACUGGACCAUUAA